CUGCAGUCUGAAAAUCCUUCCACCAUCGUUUUAUCGCUCUCUUUUAAGGUUCCGUCUUCAGCCACGUGAGAGCAACCCUAUUUUUGCCUCAGAAGCUGGCGAAGGGAGCGACUACUACUAUACGGGCCAAGGCAGAAGCUCCUCUCGCCAGUACAACCCUUCCCCCAGUUUCAAUACCACCACAAACUUAGACAGACAUAACUUCACUGUUUAUAAUGGUGGCACGACAACUGGCACAACAAACGGCGCUGGAGGCAACCACAACAACGCAUCCAACAAGAUUGACACGAACAAGAACAACAAUGAUUUCGCGAACUUCCAUCAUUUAUCUCCCCCUCUCGGAUUGGCCUUCGGUCGUGCGAUCCGUGCGGAAGCAGUAAAGGUCCUCCGACACAAAAAGGAAGAACCCUAUUACCUGAGACAGCUAGAGGAACGAGAGCGACAGCACGCAUCAGAUGCCUCUCGUAAAAAGCAGACUUCUAAACGACGCAACAAGUCCGAGCAAGCCGGAGGUACUAAGAUGAUCGCAAACGUUGAUAUGUUGACACCAUCAACAGCUUCCCGGUUAGCAGAAGCCACGGAUGGCAAAGCAGUCGGAGCUGAUAUAGCCGCAAUCGUGCGUGAUUUGAGCAAAAACUUUGAGGACUUAGAGCUGGAGAAAGUCGAAUUGUGCAGGUUCAGCUAUUGCUCUAACUCCAAACCAGCAACAACUCCCGGCUUGGUUACAGAGGAUGACUACAACCACAUUUUUCACCAUGAUGAUGACCACGACGGGAGAAGAAGAGGAUGGAGCCAAAAUAUGAAUACCUCUCCUUCCAAGACUUCUAGUGCUCUUGGGCAUAAAGUUUACGAUCCUCUCAGCUGUGACUUUGAGACGUGGCUCUGUCCUGAAAGCGGCCUCUUCUCCAGACGUGUGCGGGAAGACGCCAAGGCGCUAGGACUUCUGCGAAAAUAUGCUUUGACUUACAAGCACAUUAUGUGGGGUGAGACGAUCUUCCGCGCCACGACUCUCGUGCGAACUUUCCUCCAUGACAUCAAGAUGGGAUUGAUCGUUGCUGGAAGGAACUAUUCUGCAGCCUACCCACCACUAGAGGACUGGCGCAGACUCGUCUGCAACACACAUCAACACACACGUGCUCGAGGAAUCCGACCACAAGCAUCCAGAUACAGAUGGUCAGAAUACGGUCUAGUACGCGCUGCUCCUGUAGGGGAUUGCCAACUGCAGAUAACACAAGCGGCGAAUGAACGUGCGAAGACCUGGCAGGCUAAAGUCGAAAAUAUCAUCAAUCUUAUGGCCGGAGCUUCUUUUGAAUUUUUCAACCUUGUUUUCGAGACCUUCACGGUAAAUGUCUUCUAGACCUUCACUUGAAAACCUAUGAGUACUAGUAUAGGUUCAAAGCCUGUGAGUACUAGAAUAAACGGAUCCUAAACUAGAUGGCCAAAUUCUUGUUAGUCCUAAUGCAUAUACCUUUACCUUUUUCUAUCUUUCCUAGGUAGGUUGGCUCCACCACAAAGUGUAGAUGACAAUUUUCUCAGCAUAGUUUAAGUUUUCAUUCUAUUCCCCCACACCUCUCUUUAUCUCGUCGUCCCUCCUUGCUUCUGUCUCUAACAGAAACCUGCGCAAUGACUCAGCCUGGAAACAUGACAUGCAGCAUUUUUUGCAUGAUCCUCGCAUUCUGAUUCGCACAGCACAGAAAGCGACACACCUGAGGCAGUCAUCACAUCCGGACAUGGUUCAAAUUUUAUGAGACAGGUCACGUGAUGAGCAACAAAUCGAUCACGAAUAGUAAUGUCUUCACUACUAGUAAAAGACUAGUUCAAGUUUUAUGAAAUCAUGUAAAUAUGUCAAUGUCAGUCACUAGUACGACAGCCCAUUUCUCACCACAAAAUCAUCAUGAUUGGAGACAGCUAAAAGCGAAGAUGUAGAAACCUUUCUCGGUAGGACUAUGUGCAAUUUGAUGUGGCAUCUACCUAAUCCUAUCUCUAAUCUCCGCCGAGGCAAAAGCGAUGGAAGCGGCGCGUGAAUAUGAACAGCUAGUAAUCGACCGAGGGAACGAGGUAGAGUGGUUCUCGAAUAUUUUGCUAAAACUGAAGCCGCAACAGUAUGCUUUCACCGAGAAAGAAGAGGCAAAUCGAGC